AGUUUAUGUGAAUGAAUAUUGAGAUGGUGUUAAAACGUUGUUAAAAGCAUGUUAAAAGUAUAGAUUAAGUAUCAAUACCGAACAAUGGGUAUAUUAAGUUAAUAUAUUUAUUUUAUUUAUUCCAUCCAUGAUGACAAUAUUCCUUAAAAUGGAACGUCUACUUACUACCCCAUCCCGUAGAGCGAGAAUCCCCAUCCGCAACACAUACAUGUUUGAACAAGUCGCCGCAAAAUUUGAAUUAAAGCAUAGUGGUCGCUACGAAAGUGAGAUCUAUAAUAUUGUAGUCAAUAUCAAGAUAUUAUUAAAAUGAUUGGUUCAGUUUGUUUUUCUUACAAUUUUCUAAACAAACAAAAUGCUAGAUCAUUCAAUAAUGUUUUCUGUUUAAAAAUAUUAAAAACAGAAAAUCAUGAGAAGUUUCUUUAUAACAUUUUUCAAGAAGACUAUUCGGUAAGUAAAUUACCGCAGAUUAUUCAAGAGAUAUUGUCAUGUUUGAGGAUUAAUAUUAAAAAUAAUUGUGGUGACGACUUUAAAAACUUUUUAAAUAAUAAAACAAGCGGCAAGUCUUUGGAAGUUGUUGAUAAGAAACUAAUAUUAAAUGGAUCUAUACUGUUUAUGUUAAAAAUUAUGCCGAAAUUGUUUUUUGGAAACAAUCACAACAUCAAAAUAUUUAAAUCGUGCAUUAGAAGAAUAAUUUAUAGCAUGAGAAAGGAACAUAUAUUUUUUGGAAAACUCCUUGAAACCUGGGAUUUCACGGCUGAUAUGUGGAAAAAUUUAGGAGUUGCUGAAUCUGAAUCUCAAUAUAUUUUAGAAACUAUAUUGAUGUGGGUAUUUCGAAAUAUUUUAUCUGCAUUUAUAUGUCUAAAUUUCUAUGUUACAACUUGUAAAGUAGACUCGGACGAAAACAAGCUCCAUUAUUUCUGGAUCAGUGAAUGGCAACGAUUUUAUGAUAAAGAAAUUUCAACUAUGAGGAUAAAUAAUAUAAUAACCAAGUAUGAACCGUAUUGUUUAGGAAAAAAGGUGAAAAUUAAAUAUAUUUUGCAAGAGCGAGUUGAUAUAAAACACAUCAGUAAAGAAAUACCUAAACUUCAUCUCGUACUAAAAUCCAACAAUGAUUUUAGGCCAAUUGUGAGAUAUAAAAACGGAGCUAUAAAUAACACGGAAAAAUAUAAAAUAAAAGAACGACUUGCUUUUCUGAGAAUAUUGCACGGAAAGCAAAAUGAAAAGCUGGAAACGCAAUUUGCCGCGCUUCAUUCAUGCUGGGUGAAAAAUAAUAAACCUAAAUUGUAUUUUGUGAAAACCGAUUUAAGUAAUGCUUUCGGAUCGAUAAACAAAGCAUUGCUCCAAAAGAUUGUCUCCGAAAAAUUUAGUCUGAUACAAAAAUCGGAUUUAUACCCUUUACAUGUAAAAAAUAAGUUUGCUCUACAAUAUAAGGAAAUGAUGGAAGAGCUUAAGAAACCAUUGCUCAUUCGUGCUGGAUCCACAGUAUAUGAGUGGAAAGCUGGACUAGUUCAAGGAUACAAAUAUUCGCCAGCGUUAUCCGAGCUAUAUUACUCGUACAUGGAUAAAUUAAUUUUUUCCGAACAUAUGAAUAUAUCAAAUAAUCAACUAAAACUGUUUGUCAGAGUCGUUGACGAUUAUCUUUAUAUUACCGACAACAUUGAUGAUGCACAUAGUUUUCUGAAGUCGUUAUCCAAAUAUAAAAAUGUUAAUUACAGUAAAACUGCCGUAAAUUUCGAAUAUCCAGACAUAAAAAUGUGCGAGGAAAUAAGUUUUCUGGGAUAUACAUAUAACACGAAUAGUUUAAAUGUAAACAGAUCUAGUAAUAUUUAUACUGGACAGAUGUGCUAUAAAAUAACUUUUUCAUCUGCAAUAGAAGAUACGGAAAAUUUUAUAGAGAACAGAAUCGGUCAAUCUGGAAUUCCGUUAAACGAUCACAUCUUUAAUUUAAAAUACAACGAUGAAGAAACAAUUUGGCGUAUAAUUUUUACAUCAUUUUGCGUAUCAGCAAAUAAAUUUUGUACUAUCUUGUCCAUACUAUGUAACGAGAGAGACAUGUUAAUAUAUUUGACACUGUACAAGAAGAAAAUCACUGUAAAAUUAUGUAAUACGAUGAUUGAAGUGUUAUUGAGAAAUAAACCGAACGACUAUCUCUUUGUGUAUUGUAUAAAUCAUUUUCGGUAUUUAUCAUUUAAAGCCUUGUUGUUAUGUGCAAAAAAGACUGCAAAAUGUAGUCCGCUGAUACCUUAUAUAGAUGUUGAAUUAUCGAAAUCAAAUUGUAUUUUUGGAAAAUGGCGGGAACAUGCGUGUCGGAUCAAAAGUUCUGGUGAAAUCGGACGUUCUGCUGUCAAAAUAGUUUGUAGACGACCAGACCUUAGAAAAAUUAUGAAAACCUUUGACGAUUUACCUGCUGGCUUUCAGUGUUAUAAAAAUAUAUUUGUAUAGCGUAUUAUUUUUUAAUUAUUUGUGUCAAGGAUAUUAAGAAUGUUUUUUUUAGAAAUAAAACUGGCAACUUUGU